AUGAUGACAUCUUUUGCUCUCUUUUUUCUAUCAAUUGCUAUAAUUGAAUCCAUGGCAGGACUACUAGGAACUGGAAUUAUCUUGGCUGCCAGUUUAUUCAGCUGCAUUAGAAGUAAAACACGGUCCCCAUAUGAUAUGAUCAUGGUCUCUCUGAGUUCAUCUAGAUUCAUUUUCCACUCCUGGAAUAUACUGGAUUUGUUCAUUAAUAUAUGGCAUGAACACUACUAUGGUGAAGAAAAUGUAGGUGUAGUUUCCAAUACAGUGUAUGUGUUUCUGAACUACUGCAGCCUCUGGUUUGGAGCCUGGCUUAGUGUCUUCUAUUGCAUCAAAGUUGCCAGUUUUACACCGUCUUUCUUCAUCUGGCUGAAGCAAAGAAUUGCCAGGCUGGUGCCCUGGAUGCUGCUCACAUCAUGGCUCUGCUCCUUCACCGCUGCAAUUCCCUUCAUCUGGGAUGACUAUGCUCUGCAGAGGAACUUCACUGCUCCUCAACCCAUGACAAACUCUUCAGCAGUGAGAACCACAUGGAAAGAUAGAUUUGGUUUAUUAAUUCUUCUCUGUAAUGCAAGUACAGCUUUGCCUUUUAUACUGUCUGUUGUUUCUAGUGUCCUGCUGAUUCGGUCUCUGUGGAUGCACAGGAGAUGCAUGCAACAUAAUGCAAGUGGCUUCAGGGAUCCCAGCUCAGAGGCAUACAUCAGUGCCAUCAAGUCAGUCUUUUCCUUACUUAUCCUUUACAUUAUAUAUUUUAUUUGUUUGCUUCUCCUCUUAUGCAGUGAUUUUUUACCUUUAAGUGAUGAGGAAUCUAUCUGUGUAGCUGUAUUAGCUGCCUGUCCUACUGGACACACAUUGGUCUUAAUUUGGAGCAAUCCAAAAUUUCGAGAGCAGCCAGCUAGGAUUUGGCACCAUAUUAACUGUCAUGGCAGAACUGCAUCUACUUAA